AGGACUUACACUACACUGGCCUCAAACUGGCCACUCAGAGAAGGGUUGUCGUAUUCUGAGGCGAUCAAAUCACCAUAUUCGGCGCUGAGUCGUGUGUGUUUACUCGGUUGAUGCUUUGUGUUGCCCAAGUCUGCCAGCCAGAAGGGCAUCGGAGGGUUAGGGUUGUGCUUAACACUUCCCCACGCUCCCGCCGAGACCAUGGCUCCAGCGCGGACGCCGGUGCUGCGGCACCUCCUGAGCUGCCAGACGCGCACACUGCGGGCAUCGAACCAGCGACGGUGGGCGCAGGUGCACGACGUGCGCUUCCUGGCGACGACGCAGCAGCCGCGCAGCGUGCUCGAGAGAUACCGCGACAAGCUCGACCGCAAGGCCCGCGAGGAGGGCCACGCCGACAUCGACUCGCUCAAGGCCGCCUACGCCGACAAGAUCAAGGCUCUGCGUCAGGACGCCGUUGCCGCCCCCCUCACCACCACCACCGGCCCGGCGCCGUCUUCCCAACCCGAAGCAGCAUCCCAACAACAACAACAGCCACCACCAGUAGCAGCAGCAGCAUCCCACCCCGCUCCUCCAAAAUCCACCUCUUCCGCCUCCCCAACAGGCAUCAAACCCCUUUCGGAAAUCCUAGACCUGCAAAAAGCAGCGGCACUCCCCCUCGAAGAGCUGACCGCCAUCUGGCGCCUGCGGCACGCAGCCAACCCGAACUCGCUCUGCGCGGUAAUCCCCGCCGCGACCUUCGCGACCAUGAACGCGCUGGCGCGGGCGCACCCGCAGUUCGUGCUGCCCGUGCCGCACCCGCAGCAGGGCGGCGCCGAGAUGCACUUCCUGCAGUGGACGUGGGACGCGCCGACGCGCAGCGCCACCGUGCUGUUCACCCGCCUGGCCGAGUACAAGGCGCGCGGCGAGUUCGCCGCGCCGCACACCACCGCCACGCACUACUACGGCGACGAGCUGGCCACCUCCGCCGCCGCGGCGGCGGGCGGCGGCAAGGGGGGCGUCGUGCUCAUGCAGGGCGCCGUGGUCGCUGAUCGCGGGGUCAAGGUCGAGGAGGCCAGGUGGUUGGUCAUGUGUCUGCAGCGGUUCUAUGGCGGGUGGGAUGGGGUCGAGAGCAGGGAGCGGGCGGAGGAGAGGAGGCGGUUGUUGGAGUGGUUUGGGAAAGGGGAUGCGAGGUUUAGCGUGGAGAAGUUGAUGGAGGAGGCGGAGAGGAUGGGGUAGGUCGACUUAGUGUUGGUGCUGGUGUAUUGAUAUGGGGUAGUGAGGGGGGAAAACCGGUUUGUAGGAUAGAUGGGAUCAGUGUGGCAU